AUGGCUUCUCGAGUUUAUAUUACCUUUGUGUUCUUAUGCAUUUUCGUAGCAUGGACCGUUUCGGGUUACAACCCGAAAGACGUGAAAGCAUGGUGUAGCCAAACUCCAAACCCUAAACCUUGCGAGUAUUUCUUAACCCAUAACUCAGACAAUAAACCCAUAAAAUCCGAAUCCGAGUUCCUCAAACUCUCGACGAAACUAGCUCUAGACCGCGUCAUCCUCGCUAAAAACCACGCGUUCACGCUAGGACCAAAGUGCCCCGACAAACGCGAAAAAGCAGCAUGGGAAGAUUGUCUCAAGCUCUACGACUUCACCGUCUCCAAAAUCAACGAAACGAUGGACACACACGUGAAGUGCUCGAAAACCGACGCGCAAACAUGGCUGAGCACGGCUCUAACCAAUCUUGACACUUGUCGAGCCGGGUUCUUAGAGCUUGGCAUUACCAAUAUUGUCCUUCCUUUGAUGUCAAACAACGUCUCAAAGCUAAUAUGUAAUACACUAGCUAUUAACAAAGUUCCUUUCAACUAUACCCCACCUGAGAAAGACGGGUUUCCCUCGUGGGUCAAACCCGGUGACCGGAAGCUUUUGCAAAGCUCAACGCCGGCAGAUAACGCAGUUGUGGCUAAAGACGAGUCAGGUAACUUCAGCACGAUCAAAGAUGCGAUUAACGCUGCUUCAGGGAGUGGUAGGUUCGUGAUAUAUGUGAAGCAAGGCGUUUACGCAGAGAAUCUUGAGAUUCGAAAAAAUAAUAUCAUGUUGAGAGGUGAUGGUAUAGGGAAGACGAUUAUUACCGGAAGUAGAAGUGUUGGAGGAGGAUCGACGACGUUUAAUUCAGCUACUGUCGCUGCGGUCGGAGACGGGUUUAUAGCACGUGGAAUAACGUUUAGAAACACGGCGGGUGCAAACAACGCACAAGCGGUAGCUCUAAGAUCCGGAUCGGAUCUAUCCGUUUUCUACCAAUGUAGUUUUGAAGCCUACCAAGACACACUCUACGUUCACUCAAACCGCCAAUUUUACCGCAAUUGUGACGUUUACGGAACAGUCGAUUUCAUCUUCGGAAACGCAGCCGCCGUUCUCCAAAAUUGCAACAUUUUCGCAAGACGUCCACGUAAUCGUAACAACACAAUAACCGCUCAAGGAAGAUCUGACCCGAAUCAAAACACGGGUAUUAUUAUCCACAACUCUCGGAUCACGGCCGCUUCGGAUCUUAGACCCGUUUUAGGAUCCACCAAGACUUAUUUAGGUCGACCUUGGGGACAAUAUUCAAGAACGGUCUUCAUGAAGACUUCACUUGAUAGUUUGAUUGAUCCACGUGGAUGGUUAGAGUGGGAUGGUAACUUUGCUUUGAGUACUUUGUUUUAUGCUGAGUUUCAAAAUACGGGUCCGGGUGCUUCAACUUCGGGUCGGGUUACAUGGCCUGGGUUCCGGGUCCUUCGUUCUGCUUCAGAGGCUUCGAGGUUUACCGUUGGUAGUUUUAUCGCCGGUAGUUCUUGGAUUCCGCCGAGUGUACCAUUUACUUCUGGUCUUUGA